CCACUUCCACUUCACCGCCUCUGCUUUAUAACACCCCUCCCACCUGCCAUUCUAUCUGAUCACCAUUAAUACAAUCAUCCUAGCUCAGCUCCUUCCAAACCAACCAACAAGAAAAUCUCAUCGAAGCAAAUACUUCUCUCAAACCAAACAGGCCCUUAAAGAAUCAUUUUUUAAUUCGGCCGGAAAUUCUCCAUCUCCGAUGGCCAAGAAAAAGAUGAUGAAGCUCCAUAUACUCCCUUCCGUUUUCAACAAGAACAGAGAAAGAGAAGAGAAUCUCAAUUCCUGGCAAUGGAAUUCCUGCACCAACGCAAAGACUCUGUCUUUUCGCUCCAACGCCGCCGUCUCCGGCGGAGACGCCAUGUUCAAGACCGUCAACUCCGUCUACCUCGACCGCUCCGACGGCGUCGAGACGCCGGAGACAUGGUUCACCAACAGCACCUCAGAAUCCGCUAGCUUCUCGACGGAGUCUGACGACGAGCAGAUCAUCAUCACCGGAGUGAGGUCGGACCGUCUGUUCUUCGACCGCGGCGGCACCAGCUCCUCCAUAGCCAAGCCGGAACCCCUGCCGGAAAAUCAAGAAAAUGUUAAAAAACAGAGAGAAGAGGAGAAAGAUGUGGGAGAUGUGGGUCCUCCGUUCGAAGAGAGUGUGAUGGUAUCCAUGGAUUCCGACGACCCAUACCUUGACUUCAAGAAAUCAAUGGCGGAAAUGGUGGUGAGCAGCGGAAUCAACGAUUGGGAUUCAUUGCAGGAGCUUCUGGGCUGGUAUUUGAAGAUGAAUUCGAAGAUGAACCAUGGGGUUAUAGUCAGAGCAUUUAUGGAUUUGCUCGUUGGACUGAUCUCUCCUCCUUCGUGUUCUUCUUCCUGCUGCUCUCCGUCCUCUUCUGCAAAUGCUGUAAGAACAUCAUAUUCAUCGGCUGCUUCUUGCCUCUCUUCUCCAGCAAAUUCUCCUCUGUCAUCGCUUGUGGGUAGAUCUCAUGGAGGUUGAGGCCGAACAACGAUGAUUCUCUUCAAUUCUAAUGUUUAUUCUAGGCUAUACUGUUUGUAUAUUCACUAUAUUGUGUCGUAUAUAUUAUUAGAAGAAAAAAACUAUGGUGAACGAGGAUAAAAGUUUCUUUCUUUCAUCCUGUUUGAAAACAAACUCUUGUGGAUGACAGGAUUCUGCUGGAAGAUCAAUACAACUUAGAGACAGGUAAUAUCAAAAUGGCUGUAUUGGAUGACUGGGUUGAAAUUUACGAUUGAAGUGUUUGGAUCGACUAAUUCAACAGAUUUAGAUUUAUGGGAAAAAGAUAUUGAAAAUCUUAUGAGUUUUUGUCACUUUUAUUCCUUUGAUUAUUAUGUUAUUCACACUUUUAUACUCAACUUUGAUUUUUUCACUUUUAAUACUCAACUAUUGCACUAGAGACAUUUUGUACUGAUAAUUUCCAUAUUUAGUCUUGUGAUCUUUAUAAAAGUAACACUCUUGAUCCUUCAUCUAUUAUAAUAAUGACAUUUUUAGUCCU